CAGAACAUAGAUUGUAUACUUUCGCUGGAUCCAUGUUACUAGGCGAAGCCUUCAGACAUGACUCAGGGAAGUUGUUUGGACCAAUGUGCUGGAGAUUUAGUAACAAUAUAGUCCACAAUCCAAAACUUAAAGAAGAAAGAACAAGACAGCAUCAGACACAGAGAUUACAAUAUUUUGAAAUCCAAAGAGCAAAUUCAAAUAGUAGUUGAAAUUCCAGGCAAGAUUCAAACAUGACAAUAAUGACUAUUUUCAUGAUCCAAAGGAUAAUGCAAAUGAGUGAACAGGAAAUAAAAAGCAGGGGUAAUACACAAAAGACAAAACCAUAUACAACGACUCAGAAAUUAUAUGAAAGGUAAUCAAAUAAGGCUUCACAUAAAAUGUCUGACAUGUAGUAAGUGAGCAGGAAAUGAGCAAGACAACAAAAGAAGUGUCUCUAGAAUUCAGGAGAGGGUGCCCUCUAGUGGUGUGGCGGUGAGCUGUACGAGACUGAUUGGCCAAAAAAAUUUGAGAGCACUCUUCUUCGGACAAUUUUAAAAUACAACAUGAAUAGUCUCCUCAUAGAAAAUGUCACGAUAUUAAACAUUCCGCUUUUUUUUAUCAAGAAAGUAUAAUGUAUUAAGAUGAGCACACUAAUAUUAACCUUGCAGGUAGAACUACCAGAGUUGUAGAAAAAUGUUCUAACAAUCAUAUUAGAGAAUUCUGCAAUGCUGAGGUAAUAUUUGUAUUAAUCACAUAUUAGAUCAAUUGGCUGCUUGUCUUUGUUAUGCUAAGCCACAUAGCUUACCUCUCUCCAGAAAGAAUAUUACCACAUAUCUCAUUACCACAAGUUUCCUUAAAAUUCAGUAAAGAUCAGUGUGUGGAAAAAUAAACACAAGCUCAGCGCUUUUGCAUAAAAGAACAUUAGCUACUAGCUGGGCAAAUUAAUCAAGUGCAAAAACACCAUGCAUGUCUCCACACAGCCCCUUUACUUGCCACAAAAACAGAAGUGCGAAUAACAGAGACCUCAAACACCAGCAUCUCAUCUCAGUUUUGGCUUUGAGCCCCAAACGACUAUUAUCGAAUUUUUACUGUUUAGUGUUUGAUGGUGAAUGGAAACGAUGUCGAACAUGAGCGGUGGUCUUGGGGAGGUCACAACAUCCAGUGUUUUCAUCACAACAGAAUAUGAUUACUCUGAUGUUGUGUCUUCUCAACCGUGUGAGUAUGGAAGGCAUGCAAGCCAUAUUCUCCCUGUGCUCUACUCCCUGUUCUUCGUGGUGGGCUUCCUGGGCAACAUGCUGGUGCUGUGGGUGAUCUUGAUGGGCUCACAGAUGAAAAGCAUGACUGAUGUGUCUCUCCUGAACCUGGCCAUUGCUGACCUUCUACUAAUCUUCUCUCUCCCCUUCCUGGCUCACUACGCCAGGGAUACCUGGGUUUUUGGUAGAGCCAUGUGCACUCUGGUCCUCAGCGUGUACUACAUUGGAUUUUACGCCGGCAUUUUCUUUAUUGUGUUGAUGAGCAUCGACAGAUACUUGGCUAUCGUCCAUGCUGUGUUUGCCUUGAGAAUCCGAACCAAGGCUUUUGGGAUUUUAGCCAGCCUGGUAGUCUGGAUUAUAGCUACUGCAGCAUCAUUUCCUGAGUUACGUUAUCUUGGAGUUGAAGAAAAUGGGACUGAAGUAGUUUGCAGUGCUUAUCCAAAAAAUCAAGAAAAUCACAAUAUUGUGAGAAGUGCAGCUUUCUUUAAAAUGAAUGUUUUGGGAAUGCUAAUUCCAUUGAGUAUUGUGGGAUUUUGCUACUCAAUGGUCCUACAGAAGCUUCAGACUGUUCGUAAAUCAGGGAAAUUGGCCAUUCGUCUUGUUGCUGUGGUCAUGGUGGUGUUCUUCUGCUGUUGGAUACCGUACAACAUUGCAGCAUUCCUCAAAGCACUGGAACUGAAGCGUAUCCUGCCUCCAGAGUGUGAGCUCAGCAAAACAAUCCAGCUCAUGCUGCAAGUCACUGAAGCUAUAGCGUACUCACACAGCUGUCUUAAUCCAUUCCUCUAUGUGUUUGUGGGUGAAAAGUUCAGGAGGCACCUUGCAAAGCUCCUCCUGCAGACACCAUGCGUCCAAGUGCAGUGUAUGAAGGACCACAUGUCCCGGGCCGCAGGCUCAGUGUAUUCCCACACCACAAGUGUGGACGAACGCUCAUUAGGAGUCUGAAUGGAAGAACAUGACGUCUUUUUAUGUGUAUAAAUUACUUCCAUUUUAUGCUGUAUGUACUAUUGAAAAUGUGAGAGCUUCUAUUUGUAUGUCUUAUAUAUCCCUGCUUUCAGGUAAAGAUUACCAUAAUAUGCUCUUUUUCAAAAAAAUGUUUUGUACACUUGUUGUCUCAACAUCAUAGCUUUACCUUGUGUAUCUUUAAUAUGUAUCUUCCUCCCGUAAAUGUAACUUUAACAAAGAUAUAUAGUACAUAAUUGGACAAAAAUUAAGCCUGGAAUAUACUUGCUUUUAACUACAUAUACUCAUAUGCAAGAUAGCUGCCAAAUGUUUGUUUGGAUUGUUUGUGCAGGUCCUUAGUUUUCUGCUAGGUGACCAUUUGGUGCAAAACCAGGGUAAAUAGUGGGGGUAGUGUAGCAUCUUGUGGCCUGCAUUCUUAUGUAUUAUUUUAGAUAGAUACUGAGUACUAAUACAUUUUUCGAUUACAAUAAUAAAACAUUGGAAAAAAAAAUUCUUAUGUUGC